UUAUUUUACAAAUAUUAAAAAAUAAUUUUAAAUAAUACCAUGUAACAUGUAAUUCUAUUGUAAAUAAUCAAAGUUAUAAUUUUUUAUGUUUGUUUGUUGUAUUUGUUGUUUAUUUUUAAAUAUCUUUCUCUAACUCAAUCUAAAAAUGAACAACCACUUAUUUCGAAUAGUUAAUAUGGAUUAUUACAUGAGUUCCCCAACUCAGGGGUUUGAUCAGAAUUAUUCAGAGUUUAGGGGAACUGCUAUCACUCAAGUGCCUGUAAUAAGAUUGUUUGGAUCUAACCCAGUUGGUGAAAAAGUUUGUCUACACGUACACGGAGUUUUCCCUUAUUUCUAUAUUCCCUUCGAUGGCAGUCAAGAUCCAAACAGCUUAAUGUACAAGAUAGCAACGAGUAUUGAUAAAUCCGUUAACAUAUCUCUUAAUCAAGCUACCUCUACGAUGCAGCAUGUAUAUAAGAUAACACUUGUGAAAGGAAUACCAAUGUACGGGUACCACGCUAAAGAACAUCAGUUUUUCAAAAUAAAUUUAUACAAUCCGUUACUUCUACGAAAAGUUACAGCUCUCGUAAUGAAUGAAUCUACUUUGGGAAAGUUAUAUCAACCUCAUGAAGCUCAUCUGAAUUUCAUUUUACAGUUUAUGAUAGAUUUUAACUUGCACGGCAUGAGUAAUAUAAUUUUAUCGAAACUGAAGUACAGGCAUGGUUCCAAAGAUGUUGAUCCUGAAUUAUUACUUCCGCCUUUUAUCAAUAAAAUAUCAGUUUGUGAGUUGGAAGCCGAUUGUCUAGCUGAGGACAUAUUGAAUAGAAACGAAGUAGCUUCUGGAAAUAUUGGGGCAAAUCCUGGAAUAGCAUCAAUAUGGGCAGAUGAACAGCAAAGGAGGCGAAAUAAGGCACAAGAUUCACAAAUCCCGCAUCUUUUGGAAUUAAACAGGACCAAUUUACCUCCGACCAAUUCACAUUUGGUGUACGAACAACUUUUAAAGGAAAGAAUGGUUUUUUGUGAGAGUGAAAAUGAUGUCGAGAGCACUUUAAAUACAUCAGUGUACCCUGCUGAAGCUCCAUACAAUUCUUCAAUUUUAAAUGCUUCAUUAAUAGAAACUCAAACAUCUAACAGCAGUUUUGAUGAGUCCAUUCAACACAGUGAAUCGAACAAACUUAAUGUAACGCUCGAUGAUAAUGCUCAAGAAUUUUUGCAUGUUCUCAAUGAUUUAGAGAAACAGGCAAAUGAAAGCAAAGAGGAUGACUCGAUAUUGACCCAACUAAUGAAAAAUGAAGAUGAAGAUAAUAAAGAAUUGGAAGAUAAUGAAUUGGAUUUUAGCAUGUCUUUCGAUACUCCUUCUACACCAACAAAAAUAUGUCCAGAACAAACGGAGAUUGAUGAAAACAGCGAUGACUCGCUAAAUAAAACAUUAAUUCCUCAAAUUGAUGGUAGCUGUGAUGAAACACCUGCUGAAGGAGUAAUAACUCGUGCAUCUCUUAACAGUAAACACACUAAGUAUUUAAGUAAGACACUCUAUGUUAAGCUGGUUCGGAUAAAUGAAUUUUCUUGCACUCCGUUCCUUAACAAAGCGCCUUUAGAGACUAGUUCAUUAAAAUAUCCAGCAGAAACCAAAGCAGCCGUUUCCAAAAAGAUAAAAAAAUCCAAGAAAACAGUGAAAUAUACAGUUCAGAAGAAGAAAAGCCCGAAAAACAGUAAGUUAAGUAAGAGAUUACUUAAAGAAAGAGAAAAAAAGAAGGCCGAAUUGGAUAUAAAAAAGUUUGUGUUAAAAAUAAACAGAAUGAAGAAGGAAGAUCAGUUAGCAGCGAUUGUUAAGAAAAUACACAAGAAGGAUAAGGAAUUAAUGCUAUUCUUGCAGAAAGGACACGAACCAAAAUUUAGAGUAAUUCCCAAAGAAAAAAUAAAACCUAUACUGGAAUAUAAACAAAUCGUUCAAAUGAGCAACGUAAUCGUUCUCCAUGAUAUAAUUAGUAAAUUAUCCAAUUACGUGGAACCUACUUUGGUAUUAAGUAUAAGAUACCCCAACAAUAGCCGUUACAUCUAUAAUUACGAAGGGAACAUAUUACCUGAAAUCAUUAAGAUUCCACUAAGAAUAUCUAAGCGGAACAACAAGGAUACUGUGGAUAAAUACAUGGAAAGGAGAAUAAAACGUUUACUAACAAAACGAUGUAAAAAUACCAAGGAGAAGUUUGUUAAACGUGAAGAAGUGAAUGAUGAAAUUGAAGGCAUAAAGGAAGAGCAUAAUCUAUUUGGUAACCACUUUAUUGAAGAUGUUAAAAAUUGCGACUCAAAAGAAACGAUUAAUCCAAAGUCUGAACAAUUCCUUUUCGAUAUGGCUAAGACUAUCAACGAGCAAUUACAUUUGCACAUGAAUUAUUUAUUCCAAUGCCCUUUCAAAGUCGAAGAUACCAAAAUUGAGGAAGCUUGCCAUGAUGAUAUUAAUUAUAAGUUUAAUGAGGAGAAUCUUAAUAAAACUAUUAAAGCGCCCGAAUUAAAAGUUACUCUAUCCCGACUCGAAGAAACAAAAAGGAAUAAUGAAUGUUUAAAACCGAAACCAGCGUCCAUAAAAAUGUCUCAAAGGAUUAGAUCCUUUAGAAGCAUGCCUGCUUUAGAUGGAACGUUCGAUAGCGAUUCAUCAUCGGAAGAUGAAACAGGCAAAAAGAGGAAAUUUAUUAGAACUAAUUCUAAAUACAAACCUUUACCUAUAUCUGUGGAGAAAUCUCCAAAAGCACAUCAUGCAGCUGGCAAACCGCAAGCCUCCAAAGAUCGAGAUUCGUUAGCGAAAACCUGCAAAAAGGAUGCGCUUCCAAUAAAUACUCCAAAUCAAAAGUCAGUCUGUGAUACCAACGUUAAGCGCCAGUUAUUCGACAACCAUCCCGAUACAACAAUAAUAGAAGAGAAAACGAUUUGCUACUACACACCUACUAAAAGCAAAAGUAUUUCGAAGAAACCUCCGAUCGAAUCCACUUCCGAAGACAAUCUACACGAGCUGCAUUUAGAAGACACGUCUAAUUCCAGCGCAUUAUUCAGUUCCGAAGGCGAAGAUACCGAACAACCGGCCAUUACAACCCGCCAAUGUACGACUGCUGAAAUAUACGACAAAACAUCCAAUUUCAACGCCAAAGAAGGUUGCUCUAAAUUUUUAACGCCCUCUUCACAACAACUUUCCGGCAGCUCCAGCUCUGAUUUACUAACACCUUACCAGUUGCCUACAACACAAAAUAUUAUCACUAACACCACAAAACACCAAGGCAAUAAGACACUAGAAGGAAGUUUCUCGGAUAAUUCUCACACGAUUACAAUCACACCAAAAUAUCUACCGCCUACAAAGCAACAAAUUUUGAACUCAUUAAAUGCUCAUAACAUUCCUCGCGUGUUCAAUCAAGGGCCGUUCUACAGUAACCUCGAAGACGUUACGGGCAGCGUAGAGAUUGGAUUCAACACGCUAAAAAUCACCAGCAAAACAACCGCGCAUUUAACUGAUUUCGUAUCACAGACUGACGCUUUAACAGCUUUUAGAAGAGCUAGAUUAGAAGAACUGCCGUCGGAUGGUAAGUCAUCCGCGCCCAACAUGAAGAACGUAAUACUUAGUUACAGUGGAAACAACAAUUGCAUUUUAACGCCCGUUCGAAAACCGCCGGAUUUGAAGACAAUAACCGCCUGGCUCGACGAGAGAACUAAAGCAAAAGACGCCAAUACGCCCCAGAAACGAGUAGAAAAAAUCAAAAUACUCGUACCGGCGAGUCCGGGGGCGAAUAGCGACACCGAAGAGAUGGAUUUAACUUUAACGCUAUCGCCUGGUACUCCUAAGAAUUCGCCAAGCCUGAGAAUAACUAACUCAUCCGGAGCAUUAAGUCCUGUCGUGGGGAACGAAUCCAAGAAACGAAAGAAAGAAAUCCGCAAGAAGAUGCUCUGCAAGAGUGCUAGACGAUCGCUUACUCCAUCGCAAGACCAUUCUUUAAUCAACUCCGGUGAGAUAACGGGUGUUACAAUAUCGACUAGUUAUUUAAACAAAUCGGUGGAGAAUUACCAAAACGCCAGGGCGAUAUUGGAGCAUCAAAACCUCACAGUGCUCGUGAUGGAAUUGCACGUACGCGCCAGGGCCGAUUUGAAACCCGAUCCGGACUACGAUUCCAUCAGAGCAAUCUUUUACUCUGUAUUACACGAUGUACCCGAACCGAAUCCCAAAGGUAGAAACAGAAGAGGAGUCGUAUGCAUCAACAGUCUCCCACUAAGUCCAGGAUACACCAAAGUACCGCUACUAGACGGCGUCGGCAUCGAUUGCGACGUUACCUACGUGGAUUCCGAAGAAAAAUUAAUAGAAGAAUUUUUAAAAAUCAUCCAUCACUGGGACCCCGACAUCUUCGCUGGCUACGAAACGGAGCUCUUGUCCUGGGGCUAUCUGAUCGAAAGGGGAUUCGUGCUGGGCAUGAACCUCAAAUCGCUGCUGGGGAGAGUUAAAGACGAGAAGCAAAAGCAGAGGGAAGAUGAUGGGGAGCUCAAACUGACGGGGAGGAUUUUGCUGAACGUGUGGCGACUGAUGAGGCACGAAAUAGCGUUGCAAAGUUACACGUUCGAGUCGGUUGUUUACCACAUUUUGCACAAACGCGUGCCCUUGUACUCUUUUAAGAGCUUGUCGUUCUGGUGGGACCACAGGACGCACUUAUACCGGCAUAAAACAGUGAAAUAUUACAUUACAAGAGUCGAAACGGUUUUGGAAUUGUUCGAUAAGCUCGAUUUUCUGGGAAGAACUAGCGAAUUAGCAAGAUUGUUCGGCAUACUCUUCUUCGAAGUCCUGUCCAGAGGAAGCCAAUUUAGGGUCGAAUCCAUGAUGUUGCGCUUGGCGAAGCCACUGAACUUCAUAGCUGUAUCACCGAACGUCCAGCAAAGGGCGCUGAUGAAAGCUCCGGAAUACAUUCCUCUAGUCAUGGAGCCCGAGUCGAAAUUAUACGAUGAUCCGGUAAUAGUAUUGGAUUUCCAAAGUCUCUACCCGUCGAUUAUCAUAGCGUAUAACUACUGCUUCACGACGUGCGUGGGAAGGGUGGAAUGUCUGGGAAAGAAGGGAGCUUUCAAGUUCGGCGCCACUGAGCUCAGGGUAUCGAGGAAUCGAUUGAAGAAGCUGAUCGAGAGGAAUCAAUUGAAUUUCUCACCGUGCGGAGUGGGAUUCGCGAAGAAAGAGGUCAGAGACGGUAUAAUGCCGAGAAUGCUGAGAGAAAUUUUGGACACGCGUCUGAUGGUCAAAAACUCCAUGAAAGAGAACAAAGACGACAAGAUCCUGCAAAAAGUCCUGCACAGCAGGCAACUGGGAUUGAAAUUGAUCGCGAACGUGACCUACGGAUAUACGGCAGCUAAUUUCAGCGGCAGGAUGCCUGCUGUGGAACUGGGAGACAGCGUUGUUAGCAAAGGUAGAGAAACGUUGCAACGUGCAGUGGAAAUGGUGGAGAGAACGCCAGAAUGGGGAAGUAGGGUUGUAUACGGCGACACCGAUUCCUUGUUCGUUCUCGUCCCUGGUCAAACCAAAGAACGCGCUUUCGAAAUUGGCAAGAAGAUAGCCGAAGCCGUCACCAACGACAACCCCGAUCCGAUCAAAUUGAAGCUCGAAAAAGUCUACCAACCGUGCAUACUGCAAACCAAGAAGCGCUACGUGGGGUACAUGUACGAGAAUCCCGAUCAGAAGGAUCCCGUUUACGAGGCUAAGGGAAUUGAAACUGUGAGACGGGACGGGUGUCCUGCGGUUAGUAAGAUGCUAGAAAAAUGCCUGAGGAUUUUGUUCGAAACCAAAGAUGUUAGCCUUGUAAAAAAAUACGUUAUGAAGCAGUUUAGUAAAAUUAUCGCCGGUCGAGUUAGCAUACAGGAUCUGACUUUCGCCAAGGAAUACCGAGGAGCCUCGGGGUAUAAACCGGGUGCUUGUGUUCCUGCUUUAGAGUUAACCAAACGUUGGACUGCUAUCGAUAAACGAAAGGAACCGAGAAGUGGCGAACGCGUUCCCUACGUUAUUGUCAACGGCCCGCCGGGUUUACCUUUGAUUCGAUUAGUUCGAUGCCCUAGAGAUUUAUUAGAAGAUCCCGCCUUGAAGCCUAACGCUCUGUAUUACAUUACUAAAGUAAUAAUUCCACCGAUUAACCGGUGUUUUAGUUUAAUAGGAGCUGAUGCUAAUACUUGGUUCAAUCAGAUGCCAAGGAGGAAAACUCAAUUCUUUGCCAAUUCCAUAACACCGAAGAAGAAAACCACAAUUUCCCAGUAUUUUUCUACGUCCUGUUGUGUUUCGUGCGAAGAGCAAACUCAAACGGGUAUAUGCCAGAAUUGCGUCUCAAAACCACAAGAAACUGUGUACGUUCUUAUGGAGAAAUUAAGAAUGUGGGAGAUGAGUUAUCACAACAUAAUAAAAAUAUGCCAGACUUGUACAUCGUCAGUAAACGAAGUGAAGUGUAUAUCUCUAGAUUGUCCUGUUUAUUACAAAAGAAUUCAAACCGGCCGAGAUGAAUUACAAACCAACUACGUACGGCAGUUGUUGUCUUCUAGCGAUUUCGAUUUUUAAUUCAUUUUAUUCGAAUUGAAGUUAUUUUAAAAAUGCAAUUUCAGCAGUAUUAAAGAUUCCUUUUGUUUCAUGUUUAAUUCAAAGAAUGCAUU